AUGAACGCCUCUCUAAUAGGCCAGCGCCGGUCCUACGGUGGUCAACUAUGCACCAUUCGCUAUGUGGGAGGUGUCGAGGGCACUUCAGGUGACUGGCUCGGUGUUGAAUGGGACGACCCCACGAGAGGCAAGCAUUCAGGAGAGCAUAAAGGAGUCCGGUAUUUCACAUGCAAGAGUAACUACCCCACGGCGGGGUCUUUCGUCCGCCCCUCCAGGCCAUCAUACCUGCCGCUCAGCUUCCUAGAAGCGUUGCGUGACAAGUAUGCCUCCGAGAAUGACUCGGAACUGGUCUGGACCUCUAAGCCACUUGGGCAGGCUAGUCAACAAACUAUUGAGAUCAGCGGCAAGGUCGUUGAAGAGGUGGGCUUCGAUAAGAUUCGCAAGCAACUUGCAGAGUUGCAGGAGCUACGAAUCGUUUUGCUUGAUGGGUUGCGCAUAGUUGGUGUGCUAUCCUCUUACGAGCAACCUGAGGCGGAAGUCCUUGAGGCUGCUAAAGAUAUUGCAACAACAUGCCCCAAGAUCGAGGAGCUGGAUCUCAGCCGCAGUCUGUUGAGUAGGUGGCGUCAUGUUUGGGAUAUCUGCUACCCGCUAAAGGAGUUGAAGAAAUUGAAGGUUAAUGGCAACCGUUUUCAACCUUUAGAAGAUGGGUUCAUCUUUGAAGGCAUCACAGAGCUACACCUCGAAGAAACCUUGCUAAGCUGGGAUGAGAUUGCCGAAGUGACAUCCCGUUUCCCGUCAUUAACAUCACUCACUGCAUCUGGCAACCAACUACGCACCAUAUCUCGCCCGCUCCCAGGAUCUAUCAAAAAGUUGACACUCGAGAAUAAUGAGGUCAGAUCAUUAUUAGCUCUAGGCCCGCUAUCAGAGAUCCAAACUCUCGAACACCUCUCCAUUCGAGGAAACAACAUCGAUGCCGUCACCGACAGCACCCAACUUACAGCCCUAGACUUUACAUUCCCCCCAACAGUCACCUCCGUCGACCUCUCACGCAACAACAUCUCAUCAUGGACAAUCCUAAACCACCUCCCCAUCCUAUUCCCAGGUCUAACAACCCUUCGCUUCUCCGGAAACCCACUCUACGACCAACCGCCCCUCCCACCCGCCAUCGCAGCUGCAACCUCAUCUAUGAGCGCAUCCAAACCAAUGACCCUAGACGAAUCCUUCAUGCUCACACUUUCCCGCUUCCCCGCCUCCCUCAAAACCCUCAAUUUCAGCACCAUCUCGCCACAGGACCGCUCCAACGCUGAAAUGUACUAUCUCUCCCUCAUCGGCAAGGAGCUCUCUGCUACCUCUGAAGCAGAGGAACCCGCAAUUCUAGCCGCACAUCCUCGUUACGCUGAACUCUGCGAGUUAUACGGAGAGCCUACGGUGACGAGAGCCGUUGAGCGGGAUGGCUCGGGGAAGAGAGUGAUUCACCCUCGGUCUGUGGCAACGCGUCUGAUUAAGCUUGCGUUCCAGCUGUCUGAGUCGCAAGUCUGUGUUAAAGAAAUUCCGACUUCGUUCGAUUCAUAUCAGGUGAAGGCGCUCGUUUCUCGGCUUUUCCAUCUCGCUCCGUAUUCGUUUAGACUUGUUUGGGAGACGGAUGAGUGGGAUCCAGUGGAGAAGAAGACGGGGGAUGAUGGGGUGGCGGGAUGGGAUGAAGACAGUGAUGAUGAAAUGCAGGCUACGGCUCCUGUGUCCUCAGCGGAUACUAGUCGGUUCGUGCGCAGAGAGAUUGAAUUGGACGAUUCGACGCGGGAUAUUGGGUUCCUGUUUCAGGGCGAGACGGGUGAGAUGAAGAUUCGGGUUGAAGUACCUCCUGUAUAG